AUGCACAGAUACCGUAUUCUCCAGAAUGCAAAUUGUCGUGAGAUAAAGUUUACACCAUCCUACAGUAACCUCUUCAACUUGUACUACCGUAUCUUCCUUAUUCUACCUGUCUCAAUUCUACUCCGAUCAACUGACAUCAUUGAAAGAACGGGUCGUUCACCAUCACCAUCACCACCACCACGGUCGCCGCUAUCGAUGGCUACAGUAUCCACGUCCACCUCAUCCACAGCCAAUCUGAUAUUCCCUCCAAUCCCGGCACCCGACCCGUUCUCUCAAUAUCAGAGAUCUCCGACACCGUCGGCUCUUCUCGUAUUCCUUGCGGCCACGCCCACAUCUGAAGAUGAUGCUCCGGGAGGAGCAAUAAGUCCCCGUCGGAAAUGGUCGAGUCAAAAAGAGGAUCGCGGGACGAGAAGUGCUCCGUGUAGUGCUCGUCGCGUCGAGAAAUCGAUCUCUUUAGACGGAGACCAAGCGAUCGAUCGAUUCUUUUUAAGUCAUCGAACGAGUCUGUCGACUAUCGAACAGGAACCAGAGUGUUGCUCAGGCUCUGCAGUGGAGCAAGACCAUCCAUCACCACUUCCGUCGAAAGGAUUGAUUCGAAAGUUUCGGAAACGAAUUCUGAGUAUUGAUAAGGCGUAUUCGGCGCCCGCGUGCUCAUCGUCGUGUAAUGGAUCAUGCUCAAACAAUUCGGGUUCAUCAUCAUCAUCAAGUGCAAAUACUGGUUCACAUAAUGCUCAUAGUCUUGUUCAGGCAUCGAACUCGUACUCGCCACGUGCUCGUCCGCUAUUCGUCGACACACAAAUGGCGAAUCAUCUACAGGAUUCAAAUAUGAAACGACGUAGUCCAGUGUCACAGGUCGUCGAUUUUGUCAGAGGACGGAAUCGCACUUAUUCGCUCCAACUCUCGUCGAGCCCCCUGUGCUCUCCGCAAUCAGUGGCCGCCCGUGCGAGUGCCUCAUGUGAUUCCCAACAGUCGGGACUUCCGAGUCCGGGACGUCGUCAAACGAUGAGUGGGCGUGUCCAUCGUGCAUCGUUCACUGCCGGCGGAACACUCAAAUCAUUCGAUUCGGGUCUCGAUUUGUCAUCGCCGACUAUCAAUCAUACGGCACUUCUCAUCAAGGAGGUUAGUUUAGAGUUUUUCGUUGAAUUUCAGCCAAGAAAUACGUGUAAAAAUCAAAGACCGGAUAUCAGAGAGUACUCGUCAAGAGAGUUAAGAAGCGGAAGAGCUUAA